AUGGCUUCCACUUCCGAUGCCUGGGCCGCCAAGAUGUCUGUAGAAGACUUGGUCAAGGGGGCAAAGGCAACCGCUGAUCUGGCGGGUUUGGAGUUUGCCCUAGACACCUCCUUUCUAUCAAGAGAAGCACUGCUGCAGGCCAUUCAGGCUACAGCAGCACCGAGCCCCCUUCUCGCUGUCAAGAAUGAGCCGGUUAAGGAUACCCAGCAGCUGCCGCCCCUGCUUGCUCAGCCGGUGGCUGCAUCUACUGGCAUCCAGGACACCCAGCUGGAGCAGGACACCUUCGCUGCCGCACCUGAGACCGCCGCCGAGGAUAUCGGGGUCGAUGCAAGUCAGGGCCCCGAUAGCCAGACCACGGAACCCGGCAAAGAGCCCGCCGCAGACACCCGUGCAGACCCUGGCCCAAGCGAGCAACCCACCGUCCGUGCAGCAAACUCAGAGCCCGCCGACACCGGCCCCAGCAAAGAGCCCACCGUCCGUGCAGCAAACUCAGAGCCCGCCGACACCGGCCCCAGCAAAGAGCCCACCGACACCGGCCCAAACAAAGAGCCCGCAGACACCGGCCCCAGCAAAGAGCCCGCAGACACCGGCCCAAGCAAAGAGCCCACAGACACCGGUCCAAGCAAAGAGCCCGCCGACACCGGCCCAAACCAACACUCCAGUGACACCUGUGCAGGCAAAGACUGGCCCGCCGACAAUCGUGCAGGCCCAAACAAGCCCGGUGCAAUCCAGCCCGCCGAAGCAAUCUCCGCCCACGCCAUCAGCAGCAGGCACACCGCAAAGAUCAAGGAGCUGGAGCAACAGCUUGCAGCAACAAAAGCAGUCUUGACCCAAGAUGCAUUGAGAAUGCGGUUAAAGAGGAUGUGCGAGCAAAAAAAGAAAUCUCACAAGUGUCAUGUCGACAAUGAAACUCACGAGCAGUAUGCCACUGGAGGGCCACAGCGAGAGUGGCUAGAGAUGGCACUGCUAGAAGCAUUGCAAGAUGUGGGAACGGUUGCACUGGGACGUGGCAAGGCAGCCCACAAGCAAGUUCAGGCAUCCUUCAAGGUCAGGGUGACACAGAUUCGAGAACGCCAGAUGCUCAAGGAGUCCGAGACGAACGGGGAAUGGCUCACGGAGGAAAAAAUGAACAAAUCGGGUGAAUACAGCAAGAAAUGGAAGUACGACAACAGUGUAACGGAGUACUUCGUUGAGAUUUCGACAAAACAGACCAUCAAGCACAGCGAGCUGCUGAAACGCAUCGAGAACAUGGAUCUUGGAGAUGCCCAGCUGCAUUGGGACGGCGAUAGCAUGAACCUGGGUUGCAGUCACUUCUGCUACUGA